AUGGGUGAGAGCUUUCAAGGAGUCUUUGAAGGACGGCUCAAAGACUGGUGCACCGAAAACUGCAAGAUGGGUCUAGUGUGGAACGUCAAUGGCAAGGCUGCGAUGGACUACUUCUCAGAGAAACCCCUGGGCACGGCGGGUGCCACGCCGACUUCAGGAGGCGCUCCAAAGGCCAAAGGCAAGGGCAAAGGCCCGCCACCGCCCAAGGGCGGCAUGGGCAUGCCGGACGAGGUCAGGGCAAAGUUGCGCGAGGACACAGCACCGAAAGCUGCACCCAAAGCCGCCGGUGGGAUGUCCGCCGUCUUCAACGCCAUUGGCGGGUUCAACACCGGCACCCUCAAGAAGGUGACGGAUGACAUGAAGACCAAGAAUCAACCGAAGGAGAAUCAAGUGAUCCCGGCCUCCAAGGCCACACCAAAAGCCUCGAGCAGCGCAUUCAGCAAGCGAGGGCCCAAAGGGGAGCCCAAGAAGGAGCUUCAGAAAGAUGUGAAUUGGAUGGUCGAGAACUAUGAUGGCGAACGGAUCGUCAUGGACGAUGUCGACAUGAAGCAGUUGGUGGUGAUCCUCAACUGCCGCAAUACCACUGUGACUGUUCCCAAGAAGGUGAAGUCCAUUUGCGUGGACAGCUGUGAAAAGGUGAACGUGAUCUGCCAGGAUGUGAUCUCUGCGGUGGAGUUGGUGAACAGCGACCGGUGUCAAAUGCAAGCCAUGGGGAAGGUGGUGGCUGUGGCCAUCGACAAGUGCGAUGGUGUGAACGUGUGGCUUUCCAAGGAGUCCGUGGCCGCGGAGAUCACGGCGUCCAAGUCCUCGGAGAUGAACGUGAACAUCCCUGACCCUGAUGGCAAGGAGGAGGAUGGAGACAUGAUCGAAAUCCCCAUCCCUGAGCAAUUCGUGUCCCGAGUGGUGGGAAAGAAGCUGAAGACCGAAGUCUCUGGCAUCUACAGUGGCUGA